AUGCCUCUCCAAUAUCUAUCUAUCUAUCUAUCUAUCUAUCUAUCUAUCUAUCUAUCUAUCUAUGUGUCUGUCUAUCUAUUUUCCUCCCUUUCUCAACCAAUUUUGAUUGUCUCUUCUUUUGAAAUACACUUUCUUUCUCACUUUCCUAUCUAUCUAUCUAUCUAUCUAUCUAUCUAUCUAUCUGACUUCGUUCCUUAUCUAUCUAUCUAUCUAUCUAUCUAUCUAUCUAUCUAUCUAUCUCCUAUAAUAUAUAUCUUUCUUCACUUUAAUAACUUCUCCUUUCUCCCUCUUCUUCUUUUACUCUCUUUCUUUUAUCUUCUCUUUUCUUCGCUUUUUUUUCUUCUCUCUUUUUUUCUUCUCUCUUCUCUCAAUAAAUUCUAUUUCUUCUCUUCUUUAUUACGCUCUUUGCCCUCUCUUUUUUCUUCUCCCUAUUUCUCUCUCUCUCUCUCUCUCUCUCUCUCUUUCUUUUUCUCCCUUUGCUGUAUCUCUUUUUGUUUUCAUUCUCUCGAACUCUUGUUUGACUUUUCUUUUCAUUCCUUAUUUUUCUAUUUUUUUGUCAUUACAUGUCAAAUGACUGAUGGUACUUUUAGUCCUAAUGUCACGGCCGCACAUAAAAGGGAGGUUUGCCAUAUUACCCCCCUCCCCCCCCUUAGCUCAAAGUAA